GGGGGGAGUGGGUGGGGGGAGUAGGGGAAUCCCCUGCUUCAAUUUUUUUUCCCACCUCUUUCAUGGUCAAUAUGUUUCUACAAACUACAACCCACAUUCUAAAAUUGGGUUCGUAGAUAUGUCAACUGCUGGGAAUCUGAAAUGUGGAGAUGUUUCAUGAGUAGAAUAACAUCUGCAAACCCAAACCCCAAAUUUUUAGAGACUGCUUUGUCCUACAUAUUGAUAGUCAGUGAUUUAAUGGAAAAAUUACAGAUUGAAAACCUGGUUAUAUUUAAUGAGGGUAAAUCUUUCCUGGUUUUUUUUUUUUUUUUUUGGUCGUCCUUAAAUCUGCAUAAUAUGGGAACUUGUCCAUAGGAUUGUGGGUGAUUCAUUUUGAAUGCAAUAGACAAUGGAAUAAUCCAGAAGGAUUGGAAUCUGUGUCUCCAGAACCCCUGGUUUGAUAUUGGAAAUUCUGUCUCAUAAGUCUUGUAAAAUUGUGAAGACCUAGUUUCUAUCUAACACUUGAUACUGAGGUUGUAGAUCAAUUGGUGAAUAUUUUUCAAGUACCAUGAACUCUUUCUAGAAAAGUGGACUCUCCUGGGUAUUAUUGAUUUCUGCUAACCAUUGCCUUGUCAACUUCUCCUCUGUAGUUUGUGAACAGUUGCAAGGGUUUGUUUAUCUUUGAGUGACAUAUCAGUACAAGCUGAAAAUCAGGAUACAGAUAUACAGUACAAACCCACAAUGCCUAGAGGUUGGCGUGACAUGAACAAACCCGACACAUCAGAUUCUCAAAGGGGACGACCAAGACGACCUUCUUGGAGGAGAAAGUCAAGGGAAACAGAAUCUUCUCUUCCUUCAGCUUCUUCUCCAGACAAAUUCUAUGAGGGAAGAAUUGGUGACAUUGCAAAUGAGAAACUAGAUGUACAAGCUCCAUCAAACUUAACAGGGACCCUUGACGUAAAUGAAAUCUCCAGCACAUAUUCACCAGUUGAUCUACAAAUAGAAACUUCACAGAGAUCGAGUAGUCUUGAUGGUAUCACUUCACUCGUAACCAGUGGUUCCUCAAACUCUGGAAGUAAAGCACUCAGCCCAAGUAGUCCAAAACCACUGGGGCUUCUUCCACUAUUAGCAGGGUCACCUAGUAAUGUGGCAGGGUCUGUGGCACUACCAUCAACUACACCACAGUGGAUGCAGUUUUUAGGUGAUCAAAAGUUCAGCAGAAAGGAACAAGAUUUGAGCUUAGAUGCUUCCUCUGGACAUCAGCAUUUAGAUGAAAAAUUUCAAUUUGAGAAAAGUAAAUGGGAGGAAGAAAGAAAUGACCUUGUAACAGAGCUAGAGGGCCUUCAAGAGGAACUUGAGAACACAAAGCAAGCAAAAGAAAAAGCUGAACAAAGAAUUGCCUGCUUGGAGGGAGAAUUGAGAAUCAAAGAUGAACAUGUGAAUGAGCUGGAACAAACUUUAUCCACAAUUCAACAAACACUGGAUGAGUGCAAACAAAAAGUGUCCCGUGAUUGGGUUAUAUCACGGGAUGAGAUUCUCAUGACAGAUACCUGUCUUGGCGUGGGUGGGUGGGGCACAGUCCUGAUGGGAAAAUUUAGAGGCUGCAAAGUGGCUGUGAAGCAGAUCCAUGAAUUGAUACUUUCUCCGCAUAACAGACGUUUGUUUGAGCGGGAAAUGAACAUUGCAUCAAGGUGCCGCCAUCCUUGCUUGCUACAAUUCAUUGGGGCUACAAAUGAUGAAGGGA